AUGAUGGGUGCCAACUCCACUGAAUGGCACGGCCAGUCAGUCGAGCAAGUGACUGAGCUGCUGGGAACUGACGUCGAGAGGGGGCUGAAAGAGUCUGUCGUCGGCCAGUUGCAGAAGCAAUUCGGUCCCAAUGAGCUCAAGGGCCAGAGGGGAGUGAAUCCAUGGAAGGUGCUGCUGGCCCAAUUCACUAAUGGUCUGACUGUCAUCUUGCUGAUUGCGACCGUCGUGUCCUUCGCUGUACAGGACCAUGCAGAGGGGGGAGUGCUGGCCUUUGUCAUCAUCUUUAAUGCCUCAGUGGGCUUCGUCCAGGAGUAUCGUGCAGAGAAGACGAUGGAUGCUUUGAGGAGGAUGGCCUCGCCCACUGCCAAAGUCAUCCGAGAUGGUGGCCUAGACAGAAUCUCGAGUCCGGGAGUGGUUCCCGGAGACAUCAUCGUUUUCGAGGUCGGAGAUGUCGUCCCAGCCGACUGCAGGCUCAUCGAGGUGCUGAAUUUGGAGGUGGACGAGGCUAUGCUGACCGGAGAAUCGCUGCCUGUGGCCAAAACCGUGGAAGCCAUCAAGGGAGAGAAUGCCACCGUCGGGGACAGGCUGAACAUGGUGUACUCCAGCACCAUUUUGACCAAGGGCAGGGGCAAAGGAAUUGCAGUUGCCACGGGGAUGAGCACGGAGAUCGGCAAAAUCACUAAGUCCAUCAGCGAGACCGGUCAGAGCUCCACCCCCAUGCAAAAGAGGCUCAACAGAAUGGCGUACAUCCUGUUCGGGAUCUCUCUAGUGCUGGCUGUCAUCGUGUUCGCCGUGAACAAAUUUGAGUUUAACACAGACAUCAUAAUCUACGCCGUGUCCCUAGGCAUCGCCGUCAUUCCCGAAGGUUUGAUCGCCGUUAUCACCAUCGUCAUGGCGCUGGGAGUGAGGCGCAUGGCUAGCCAGCAGGCGCUGGUCCGGAAGCUGGUGGCUCUGGAAUCCUUGCAAGCAGUCACCAACAUUUGCUCCGACAAGACUGGUACUCUGACCCAGGGCAAGAUGACGGUCACCACGCUGUGGCUGCCUGGGAUGGAGGAUCAGUACAGCAUCUCCGGCAAUGGCUGGGAAACCAGCGGAGAGAUCUCUGUCCGAGAGCAGGCGAUCAAUGCUCAGGAGUGUCUGAGCGACCUCAGGUUCAGGCUGCUCGUGGAGUGCAGCGCCUUGUGCAAUACUGCCAACAUCGUCGAGGCCAGCGAGGGAAAGGUGUGGGGAGACCCGACUGAGAUUGCACUUCAAGUCAUGGCCUACAAAUUGCAGAUGGGCAAGCCGAGUUUCCGCAGCCGGAAGGAGCCCAUCACCGAGUACCCAUUCAGCUCAGCGGAGAAGCGGAUGAGCAUGCUGUACCGCGACGUCGAAAGGGAUGCCUUCGAGAUCUACACCAAGGGAGCUGAAAAUGUUUUGGCAAUUUGCGACCGGCUGCUCGAGAAGGGUGAGGAGGUGGAGAUCUCUUCCAGGGAUGAGUUCAUGCAGAGCGUGAGUGCUCAAAUUCAGAUUAUGGCGAAACAAGGUCUGCGAGUCCUGGUCGUGGCCUAUCGCACUGUAAGCGAGAAGGAGAUGGCCAAGUCUGUUUCGAAGUGGGAGCGGGUGGACGUGGAGAGGAAUAUGACGUUUCUGGGCUUGGUGGGAAUUCGAGAUACUCCUCGUCCUGAAUCGAGAAUUGCUGUAGAUCAGUGUUAUGAAGCCGGGAUCAUCGUGCACAUGCUCACUGGCGAUCAUCACGAUACUGCCCUGGCUAUCGCCAGAGAGGUUGGCAUCAUUCGCCCCGCCCCGAAUUCUGCUGACGAGAGUGUGGUGCCCAUGUCCAAUCCGGUGAUGACUGCAGCUGAGUUUGACGCCCUCUCGGAAGAGCAGAUUGACGACCUGAACGAGCUGCCUCUGGUGAUCGCAAGGUGCACCCCAGCGACCAAAGUGAGGAUGAUCGAGGCUCUGCAUAGGCGGAAGAAGUUUGCAGCUAUGACCGGAGAUGGAGUGAACGAUGCCCCGAGUUUGAAGAAGGCAGAUGUUGGUAUCGCUAUGGGAGCAGGCAGCGAUGUUGCCAAGCAGAGCAGUGAGAUCGUUUUGACCGACAACAACUUCGCCACCAUUGUCAUGGCUGUGUCCGAAGGGAGGAGGAUCUUCUCCAACAUUAGGAAGUUCAUCCUUCAUCUUGUUAGUACAAACGUAGGAGAGGUGAUUGUUCUGAUCAUCGGCUUGGCCUUCAAAGAUCGGAAUGGCGUAUCUGUCUUUCCCCUUGCUCCUGUUCAGAUUCUCUUCAUGAACAUGGUGACCAGCACACCUCCUGCCAUGGCACUGGGCGUUGAAGCUGCUUCCAAAGAUACGAUGAAGGUUCCUCCUCAUACCAAAGGGCUCUUCGGCAAGGAGGUCCUCGCUGACAUGAUGGUUUACGGGAUUAUCAUGGGAUCGCUCAUUCUCGUCGACUGGGUGCUCGUGAUCUACGCAUUUGGCGACAGUCAGCUGGGACUUGAGUGCAACUCCGACAGAAUGCUCAAUGAAUGUAACACUGUUUUUCGCGCCCGUUCCACAAUCAUGGUGGCACUCAUCUGGAUGCUUCUACUGCACGCGUACAACUGCCGCCACCCUCGAGCAAGUCUCUUCACCGCCGAGGGAGGUGGUGCUUCGAAGUUGUUCAGCAACAGAUUGUUGGUGUGGAGUGUGCUCCUUGGAUCAUUGAUGCCUAUUCCCACUGUGUACAUACCGACCCUCAACACCAAAAUUUUCAAGCAGGAGACCAUCAGCUGGGAAUGGUCAAUUGUAGUUGUCAGCGUUGUCGCAUUCUUUUUCCUGUCGGAGUUGUACAAAUUAAUCAAGAGAAAUGUGAUGACAAGUCGUGUGAUAUAG